AACUACAUGAAUAAGGACUGAGCCAGAAGCACAGAGGAGACAGAGCACUGUGUGUGUCUGCGUGUGUGUGCGUGCGCAUGUAUGCAUGUGUGAGAACACUGCGCAUGUGUGACUGAGCGGACUGUGCAGGAGAAAGAGCAGUAAUGAACGCCAGCUGAGGGAUGACAGCAGGGGAGAGGGAGAGAAGGAGAAGACAGAGGCUCACCUGAAGAUGAGAAGAAGGAGGCAGUGAAAAGAAAAGAGGACAUACUGGGGCGACAUUUGAGACAUAGAAGAAGCUUGGGUCUCUGCACAGAAUAAGAUAAAUGAUGUGUGAAUAGAAGCAGACAAACUGGGAUGGAGAAAAGGACACGGGAAGAAAGAUUUCAGCUCCAACUCGAAGGAAAAAGACCGGAAGAGUGAAGGAGAACGAGACCAGAGAGCCGAUGAUGCUGAGCUUGAUGAAAGCAGACUGAUGUGUCCACCUUGCAACAGCUUCCUCCAUCUUAACAUUUCCUCCAUGUUGUUGAUGCUCUGAGAACAGAGACGGACAGGAGAGAGGAAGACAGCAUCCUCACCCAGGCAACAAAGAAGGCAAAGCAGUUUGUCAUCCAACACAAACAGCUUGUUGAGGCAGCAAACGACUGGACUAUGACAACCACGUAAAGCGGACAGAUAAAUGGACCAAAGGAAUCUGUCACACUAAAAAAGGAAAAAUCAUAGAGGCAUCUGUAAAACUGUUAUUUUCCCUUCUGCAUAGUUAUGAUGACUGUCUGAGAGUUUAAAUACAAAGAAGUUCGUCAAUCCCACCUGUGAAAAAUUCAAAGAGCCGUUCCAACACAUCUCUGGAGCAUUAUACAAAAAAGACCUCCUCCCUACUGCUAUCAAGAAACUAAGAAAAGGGGUAAAACAAGCUCUUCUGAUCAAACUGGAGCAACAGCAGAGACAGACAGAAGGGCCCUUUUUCUUUCUUUUUUUGUAAAUCUUUCUUACACACUCAAGUCAACAUCUGGCAUAGCCAAAACACACAAAGUUCAGUAGUUGUUUAAGUGAGAAAAAAUGUGUUUCGUUUUGCAAGUCACAGGAUAAAUUGCUAAUACUUUUGGACUUUUAUGAACUGCCUGUAGUCAACAUACUGAGUGAAUUUAAAAAUUCUUAACCUGUGUUGUGUAUGUAGGUGUAUUGACCAUCUGGGUGCAGUGAUUGAAAACAUAUCUUAGUGCUGAAGUAUUUACAAUUCCUGUGUACUUUGUAGAUAUCAGAGGGAACACAGGAACACCAACCUAAGUACUGUUAAAUCACAAAAAUCUGACUGCAUAUAGUCAAUAUUUAUCAAGUUCUGUGAACUAGACUGUUAAAUAAUAUACAAUAAUUAUAAGUUUAUUUAUAUUAUAAUAGGUUUGCUGUUACAGAGUUUGAGGUACAUGUAGUGUUGGCUGAGUUCUUUCAUUCAUUGACACUCAGACUGACAGAAGCACCUUGAAGGGGAGAUCGUUGAAGGGAACAUGGAGGCAUCCAUCCGUCCCCAUGUCCCGUCUAAUGGCUGACUUCAAAGGAGGAUAUUAAUCUUCUUCCCCUUGUGCAAGAGCAAGGAGUGUCCAGCGCUGAUUAGAGCUACAGCCCAUCUAUCUCAGAACUCCAAAGCCUUGCGAAUGUCCUGCCUCAGGCGUCAGCCGCUGGCCAUCCCCAUGGACACGGUCAAGAUCAUCCAAUCGGAGAAGUUUCCCAGAGAGUGCCCUGUUCCAGUCACCCAACCUCGGUAUGCCCCAGCUCCAAGAGUGGCGUGGGAUGGUGGUGGUGAGGGUGAAAUUAUUGUCAACCAGGCCUGCAGUGACCUGACACUGGACAUAGCACCAUCUCCCAGGCCAAUGGUGUCUCCUCCGGCCCCACUGAUGCGCAGGGAACACAGCUUCCUGGCGCAGCGCAAAACCAGUGCCAAUGAAAUCUGCUACCACCAGUUCCACUACAAGAUGGAAGAUGUCAUAGUCAACCAGUACGUGCUCCGUUCCUCCUCCACUUCUUCCUCCACUUCCUCGUCCUCAUCUUCAGGCCCCGUCAUGCCGUGCGAGCCCCUGGAAUGCCCCACCUGUGGUCACACAUACAACUUUGCGGGGAAGCGUCCGCGGAUCCUCUCCUGCCUGCAUUCGGUGUGUGAGGAGUGCCUGCAAAUCCUCUACGAAUCAUGUCCCAAGUACAAGUUCAUCUCUUGCCCCACAUGUCGGCGCGAAACGGUGCUGUUCACUGACUAUGGCCUCGCUGCUCUGGCCAUCAACACCAGCAUUCUGAGCCGCUUGCCCUCCGACCCCAAUGGGCCCGUGCAGUGGGGCGGGGAGGCCGACCGCAGCUGCUACCAGACUGUGCGUCAAUACUGCCAGUCAGCCUGCACCUGCCAGAUUGCCAACCCGUUGUCCUCCUGUGGCAUCAUGUAGACAAGUGGGAGGAGGUGAGGACACUGCAGAUAAGACUUGAUGCUGCUCCCCACCAACACCACUCUUUUCAUCUAUAAGCUAAACCCUUUCUGCCAAGCCCCCCUCUCUCACAUGUACAGUAAAUAAAUCCCUUCAUAGAUGUUAUCUCUCUAUAUUUAAUAACACAGAUGGAUACUGUGUGGGACUUAAGGAUGCUGGUGAUCCAGUAUGAAGUAAAUAAAUGUAUUUUAUGUAUGGACUGGAAAAAUAUUCACUGUCUCUCAUUUGGUUGGAUGUGUUUGUCAUGACAUCUCUUUACAUGGGAAUGCCAGGGGAGGUAUGUCCCCCCAACCUAGGAGAAUAAAAAUUAAAUAAAUGAAAAGAA